AGAGGCUGAGCUAGAAGCCGUCCAGAGAGUUAGUAGAGUACUAAUCCUUUGCCUCAGCAAUGCUAUGGUGAUUUUUGUGAGCAUUGUUGGAUUACGUCUGUGGAGCAAGGUGACUAUAAGGCAACUGAUAAAUACUGGCCGAACUGUCAUGCAGUUUAUAUCAGCAACAGUUUUUGACUUGUACGAUAUAUACACGGUAAAGGAGGCAGCCAACAAAGAAGCAAAACCAGCCAAAACGAAGAAAACUGUCAAAAAGAAAUUCAAAAAAGUAACAUUUAACCUAGUACCACAACUCAUAGUCGACCUGGAGCCAGAAAAUUCUGCUGAAGAUAUUGAGGAGCCAAUAAAGUCAGUCCAGGAGAUUGUAGAGCCAGGAGACUCUUCUGAGAAGACAGUGGCCUCAUUAUAUCCUACAAUUAUAGAUAUCAGGCAGAAAAUGAUCCUUGUGGAUGGUCUUUCACAAGGGAACAGUGUGGCUGGCCAUACAGAAAUUCCCUGUAUGAGGAGUGGCUCUGACUAUAAUACGGAUAUGAAUAACAGUGUUCUGCCUUCAGUGCCCACUGUGAGCCAGGCAGCAGCAGAUGUCCCUAUGUCUGUGAAGAAGAAGAAGAACAGCUUCUCAAGAUUCAUACAAAGUCUCAGGGACAGAGCCACCAGGUCAAAUAAGAAGAAGAGCAAAACAUCCAUGAAAAACAAAAUUCUCUUCAAUGUAACAUCGUGUUUCCGGUGCCAUUCAGCUGAAUCUGCUGAAUCUGCUGAAUCUGAAGAAUAAAGAAUGCACUAAUGGUGACCAAUCAAAGAUGAAGCAAUACAUCACCAUUUUCAUUAGGAGACCCCUACCCUAGAUCCUGAAAUGUAUCCUAAAUAUGUAUGUGCUUGUUUUUCUUUGUACUUAAUAAAACAUUAUCUAACAAAAUGAAUGAAUCAGAAAUGUAUUUUUGGGGAGCUGAAUUACAUUAUAGGAAUGAAAAUAAAUAUUGCUUUCCAGUAACUGAUCUUUCCCUAAAUACUGACACAAUGUAAGAAGUCAGACUGUUUCUACUUCCCAAACAGCUAAAACUGAUAUAUUG